AUGGUUGAAGGAGAGAAAGGCAUCAUUACGGAAGAGUUUGAAGAAAAUUCAAGAUGGUCGCUGAUGAAGUUAAAGCGAAAGUCAACAUUUUUUGUGUUCAAUAUACUCAUCCCCAUGGUUCUACUUUCGUUUUUAAACGUCCUCACAUUUGUACUGCCUGUAUCGUCUGGCGAGCGCGCUUCCUACGCUGUCACAGUGUUCCUGUCUUUGGCCGUGUUUCUAACAAUAGUAGCGUCUGAGAUUCCAAAGAACUUCAACACCAUCUCCAUCGUCUCAGUUUACAUGACGGCAAUGCUAGCACUAAGCACUGCGACUGUGGUGACGUAUCUGUUAGAACUGCGACUGGCGUCCCGAGAUAAGGACACUGACUCAAUCGGCUCAGGCUAUACGGCAAUCUACCGCAUAGCUCGGAUCUGUCAGUGUAGACUUGACGGAAAGAGCCGUAUUGCAACUGAAGUAGGAUAG